CGGCCGGCCACCGCCGCCGCUGAUUGGCUGGGACAGCGGGCGGCAGGACUCGAGGGGGCUGAGUGAGUACUGACAGCGAGACGCGGAGAGGUGACAGCGGGCGCGGUGUGAUGAAGAUUGCGGUGAUAAUCUGAUUGUCGAUAAUAUCAGUGAUCGGGUGCUGAUCGUUCAUAGCACCGGAGAAGAGAUCCGACGUCAGCUGGUGAACUGGGGAUUCGAGAGGAUACAUCCGAAAUCACACAGAUGAUGCGGUGAAGACGUGAAGCCGAGGUUCCAGAAUCGGCUCAGAGAUGGCGACUGCUGCCAGCGGCCGCUAUGGCCCCUAUGCUGCGGGAGGUGGUGUGGUGCCCACCACCCGGCGAGCGCCCAGUCGGGAGAGCUACCUGCAGGCGUCCCGCUCGGACGACCAUCUGGAUGCCUCCUGCCAGGUGGACAUUUCGCACGAGGUGAUCUCGUACGACUCUGACACGGAGAUGGGCCGCCGGCGGACAGAGCUGACGCGCAACAAGCGCGGCACGCCCGUCUACUCCAAGGAGGACAUCCGCGAACAGUACUGCAUCAACGAGAAGGAGGUGCACGUGCUGGAGCGGCUCACCUCGCGCUCCAUCCUCAACUGCUUCUCCGAGCGAAAUCCGAGCCCCUGCAAGAAGCAGAACCUGCUGACCUCCUGCUACAAACGAAAACGAAAGUCCGACUGCCCGGAGGACUCGGCCCGUCCCCUGCCGCGGCCGCAGCGUACCUGGCAGGGCUCCGAGCGAGACUACGACGACGACUUCUUCCGACGGCGGCCCAGGGUGUUCUGCUACACAGACCCGAAGCGCUACACAUGGACGGAAGGAGACGUGGCGAGGGGGCGACUGCGGCCCCACUCGCCCCCCGAGUCCGGCUGGCCUCCAUCCGCCGCCGGCGGGCCCCUGGCCGCCCGAGACGGCAUGCUCACCGGUCCGGGAGUGCCACGACACGCCGACGGACGCAGGCGAAACGGCAGCGCAGAGGACCGGCUGGUUCUCACCCAGCCGAGCAGCCCCGACCUGAGCUCUGCCCGGUGGAGACACGCCAGCCACGACCAGGGUCUGGAUGAUCGGCAUCAAAAGCACGUCAGCUUUGAACAGCACAUCUUCAGGUCCCAGACAAUGUCGAGUAUAGACGACACGGUGAAUGGAGGCCAUCCGUCCCAGGUCUCGCUUCCGGGACGGACUCUCAACAGGAGCCAGGAGCGGCUGCUGGACGGGCGGCGAACACCCGAUUACAUGGAGGAGAGUUGCAAUCUGUUCGGGCCCUUCCUGACCAAGGCGCUGCUGCAGGAGAAGAUGAAGCGGUCCUCCAUGCGAACCCAGUCGACACAGACAGAUCUGAACUCCACGGCCGAGCCCGCGCCGCCCUCCUAUCUCUCGCUGUCGCCGAGAACCGUGCACAAGAGACUGCGCUCGCAGGAGGCGCCGCCGCCGCCGCGGGCCCGCUCGCACCGGCCGCUGACCAAGAGCCACUCGGAGGUGGGCGAGCGGCCGGGGCCGGCGCUGCGGCGCCGCAGCCCGCCGCCGGCCGAGCUGAGCCGAGCCGUCUCCUCGCCGAUCACGACCCCCGACUCGCCGCGGAGUCCGCCGCCGCCGCUGCCGCUCUCGCUGCCACCGCCGCCGUCGCCGCCGGCCCAGGACCGCUCGCCGACCACUCAGGAGAUCAUCAUCGACUACAAGCCGUGCGAGCGGCCGUUCCCGCUGCAGAAGACGCUCUCCGAGGGUGAGAUGCUGUCGGAGCGGCGAGGUAAAGAGCGGACGGCGGCGGCCGAUGUUGAUCUCGCGCGCGGGGGCGCCCCUCGCCAGUCGGUCAUUGACAAACUGACCGUGUCCGAGUCUGAUCUGCUGGAGCCGAGUGGCGGUCGGCUGUGGGCGCACGAGCAGAUGCAGCGCUCCGCCGCCGAGCUGCCGCCGCCCCCGCCGCCACGAGACUAUGAUGACGAUGAGUUUCACGAGAAUCUCAUUGAAAACCUGCUGUGCGAGGCAGUACCGCAGGCGGAGCCCAUGUCAAGCGACAGCGAGGCGGGCGAGGUGGGUCACGAACCCGGCUCACCGCCGCGCUCUACUCUAACCCUGACCCGCGACAGCCUCAGUGAGUCGCAGGAGACGGUGCUGCACGUGGCCGGUGAUACUCCGCUGCCGCUGCCCUCGGACUCUGAGGCGAGCACGCCGGCCGCGCUGGUACCGCCCCCUCCCCCGCCCCCGCCCCCGCCCGAGCCGGAGUCGGGCUCCGACUGCGACUCGCCGGCGGGCGGCGGCACGGGAGGCACCGACAACGGCGCGCGCUCUUCGGCCUCUGGCUCUGUGCCCUCCCUGGCGCGCGAGGAAGCGCUGGUGCUCAAACAGCUGGACGCCAUCAGUACGGAGCUGGACCACCGUCUGGCCUCGCCCGAGGAGCUGAGCCGACUCAGCCCGCCGCCGCCGCCCCCGCCGCCGCCCCCGCUGGAAGGCUGGAAAGACGCCAGUCCAGCUCCUAGUCAGGUCUCUUCUGUCAGUGAGGGUGACGAAGAUAGAAAGUUGGAUAAGUUUAUGCGUACGCUCAAUGACGGUUUCGAGAGUGAUGUGACGAUCACGGCCGAGAAGCGAUCGAAAAGGUCGCCGCUGGGCCGGUCGGCGGCGCCCAGUGGCUCCUCAUCGGCCGAGAGCAGUCAGCGGCGGCCGUCAGCCUCUCAGAGCGGCGGCACUGUGACGGGUGACGCCGCCGCCGACGGCAUCCGACCGCCGUCGCGGGUCGAGUCGCUCUCCUCGGCGUCGUCGAUUGUCGGCUCGGAGGCCAGCUGGCGCCGAGGCGAGGCCUCCGACGGCAGCGGAGUGUCGGACUCGACCCGCAGACAGCCGUCCGUAAAACGGUACUCGCGCUACUUUGAGGAGGACGCCGCCGGCCAGCUGGUCGAGGUCGACACUCCCGGAUCGCUCGCCUCGUCCUCCCCCGACAAGCGUGCCGGAGGUAGUGAGCAUCGGGCUAAUAGCUUGACGCGCCGUCAGCUCUCCAAGCAGUUCAGUGUGGACGAGCCGGAGCGUGCGGGCCGCGCGCUGAGUCUUCAGCUGAGCUCCGGUGGCCGCUCUCGGCGGAGGGGAGAGGACUCCACGGCCGGGAGCAGGAGGGACGCGCCCUCCGACCUCCAGGAGGAGACCGGGGAGAGUGCCGCCGAUGACGUCAGCUCCCGCGCCGAGCGCAGUAAGACGGAUGAGCGCUGGACCAAGCGCGGCGUGGGGGUCACCAGUGGAAUGGUGCGCAGUCCGGCCAUGCACGACGGCUUCCGCGCGGCCGACUGGAGCAUAGUGCGCACCCCACAGACUCCCGACAAGCCCCGACCAGGUGUGGAGGCGGCCGCAGAGCAGAACGGUGCCACCGAAACGCCUCGUAAACGUGAGAAGAAGCACAAAAAGCGCUCCAAAGAGCGCACCGUGAACGGAUCUCGGGAGGACUCGGGCAGCCGGAGUCGGGAGCGCACCAGCAGCCGGCGUCACACCAAGCACCGCUCACCGAAGCGGCGCUCCACGGCCUCGGAGCCGUGCGCGCCGGCUCCGGCCGCUCCGGAGACGACGGUGUCGGCCCGGCCACCGGCCAGCUCCAGUACCGACCUGCGGCCGGAGGCCGGCGGCGGGCUGGCGGCCGAGUCGGUACGCUCGGUCGGCCGUGCGGUCAGUCCUGGCAGUGACAGCGUGUUCGCGGCCGACUGCUCGCCCGAGAGGACCGGAGCGCUGCGCACCGCGCGGCUGGACGCCGUCUCGCGCUGUCCGUCCGAGCGUGCCCAGUGCGCCAGCUGCGGCGAGCGGCUGCGGACGCCAGAGGCGGACCGGUCGCGGAGCGCCUCCGGUGGUGACGGUCGGCCGGCCCCGUCAGGUGAGCAGGACGCCCAGACAGAACGGCCGGCGGCGGAGGCGGGGUCAGGGACCCGGAAAGACGCCAGUGUCAGAACCAGUGAGAUCAAACAGGCGGGACAGGCAACGGAGGUGAAUGGUGCUGUGGUUAGACCAAGUGAAGCGGUGGGUACGGAACCGCUGGCCGUGACGGCGGAUCAGAAACAGGCCACUGCACCUGUCCAGGACGGCCUGGCGGAAAGCUCAACCGCAGAGCACAGUGCCAAACAUAGGAAACGCGAGAAGCGCCGUCAGGCGUCCACAUCGGAGCAGCCUCCGGCUAACAACCGGACAGAGACCGCGACUGAAGUGUCGCCAUUGCCUGCGACUGAGGUGGCAGCAUCAGGGGCUGCCGGCGGCACUGCGCCCCAGGAGCCGGCCGCUGGAGGCAAACAGCCCUCCCAGCCGCUAUCUAAGCUGUCGGCCGUAGACGCGUCCACCUCUGUGAGGCAGCAGCCGCGCGGCUCGAGCCGGCGGCGCCGCUCGGGCCGGCCGGACCGCGGCGCCUCGGAGGAGCGGGUACUGGAGCCGCCGCCGAGGCCGACCGCCGACAGCUGCAGGGCCCGCUCGGAGGAGCGCUGUGGGGACGACUGGAGGCAGCUGCAGCCCAGUCCGCGGGCCAGCCAGGACUCGCUCUCCCGUCCGACGGACGCGGCCACCCAAUGUACCAUCUCGGCACGAGACCUUCCCGACGAGGAAUCCGGCCUGUACAAGGGCCACUUUCCGGCCGCCCGCUGGCUCUACAUCGGUACCGAUGAGGAGCUGCGAGUGUGGCGGCGCGCUCCCCGACAGGCGACCCUAUCAGAGGAGCCGACUGCGUCGACACCGCUCGCCCGGUGUCCCUCCACCGAGUCAACCGAGAGUGAGCGGGAGUUCCGGCGGCGCUACCAGGCCAUCUCUCACAGGAUGGUGCACAGAAAGUCGUCCGGACACAUGUUCACCCACUCGGCCGGCGGCACGUUCGACCCGGGCCUGGAGCCGGCCUCCCUCCGUCAGCGUCUGGAGGCCACUCUCCGGCAGGCGGCCAUCACCUGCGCGCGGCUCCACUGCAGUCUGGAGACGCGCCUGCGCCCGCUGCGCCGCCUAGCCGGCGACAAGACGGUGAUGAUGCAGAAGUGCAGCGGCGAGUUCGGGUUCCGCAUCCACGGCUCCCGACCCGUGGUCGUAUCGGCUAUCGAGCCCGGCACGCCAGCGCAGCUGUCAGGUCUGCAGGUGGGCGACAUCAUCGUCUCCAUCAACGGCAGCCGGGUGCUGGACUCGAGUCACGGUGAUGUGGUCCGGAUCGCGCACGCCGCCUCCGACCAGCUGCAGCUCGAGGUGGCCAGCACGGGCUCUGUGCUGCCGGUGCCGGCCGACUGGAGCUGCCGCCGUCAGGGCUGGCUGUGGCGCCGCAGCGGCCCGGCCGGUGUCGCCCCAUCCGGUACCGCCGCCGACUGGAGGCGGCGCUGGGCCGUCCUGCAGCCGGACGCCCUGCUGUUCCUGUACAAACGAGCCGAGGACGUGCACCCGGUGCUGGGGCUCAGCCUGGCGGACUGUUCAGUCACUGCUGGUUCCGACUGCGGCCGAGAGAUGGCGUUCACAGUGCGCGGCGCCGGCUCGGAGCCGGUAGCGCUGGCUGCUGAGACAGAGUCCGAGAGGGACGACUGGCUGGAAGCGCUCCGUUCUGCUGCUGAGGAGGCUGCCGCGGAGGGCGGCCGGUGGCAGCUGGAGGCCCGCCGGUUCGCUGCCGGACCGCCCGACCUCAUCCCGGCACCCGACUGCUGCGGCUUCCUCAUCCGACUGGGCUUCAAGUGGCGCGACUGGACGCGGCUCUACUGCGUGCUCAAAGACGGCGUGCUCUACUUUUACCGAUCGGACGGCGACACGGCCGCAUUCGGCUCUGUGUACCUGCACGGCUACCGCGUCCAGAGCAGCAGUGUGGGCGGCGGCCGGCGGCCCAGCUUCGAGGUGUGCCCGCCCGUCUCGCGGCUCCGACACUACUACUUCAUCGCCGACUCGGACAACGACAGAAAACGGUGGCUGGCGGCCCUCGAGUACUCGAUCGAUCGCUGGAUCAAGGUGGUCACCUAGAUGGCCGAUCGCUCGCCACUGCCAGGUGGGGACCGCCGUCCGCCGGCCGGCCGUCCAGCUCAACCGACCGCCGCGGGGCGGCGCCACCGUCGGCGCCGGCUGUUGUAGGUGGCGCUGCCGUCUGCGGCUGGGUCGGGUCCUCCGGGCAAACCCGGGCCGUAGUUAUGUCCGCGUAGCUGAAUGAUUUUCUAUAUCAAUAAACUGGCACCGGUCGCCGCA